GGCAGUCUCCGGGUUGGCCAUGGCCAGCGUUCAGCAAGGCGAGAAGCAGCUUUUUGAGAAGUUCUGGCGAGGAACCUUCAAAGCGGUGGCCACCCCCCGUCCCGAGAGCAUCAUUGUCGCCAGCAUCACUGCCCGGAAGCCGCUGCCGAGGACCGAACCCCAGAACAGCCCCACGGCCCCCAUCCAGGAUGGGCCCUCCGAAAGGCUGGGUCAGCGCCUGGCCACGGAGGCCUUGGCCACCAACAGCUGGGAGAGAGACAAGGCCUGCCGGGACCUGGGUACUUCCAGGGCACGCAGUGCCUCCCAUGACAAAGACUUGACGCCACCACCUUCCUCCAGGGGCAAGAAGAAAAAGAAGAAAUCCACUCGGAAGAAGAGAAGGAGGUCCCCAUCCUACAGCCCAUCGCCCGUCAAGAAGAAGAAGAAAAGUUCCAAGAAGCAUAAGCGCCGCAGGUCAUUCUCCAAGAAGAGAAGGCACAGCUCCUCCAGCCCCAAAAGCAAAAGAAGGGAAGAGAAGAGGCACAAAAAACAAUCCCGAAGCCGGCCCCGAAAGUCUCAGCGCCACCGCCGCCCGCGCUGCACCUCCAGGUCCCAGAGCUCCGAGUCCCGCUCCGCAAGCUGCAACAGCAGGCACCGAGGCCGGUCCCCUGAAGAAGGGCGUAAGUCUCACCGCAGGCACUCCCGCCGCUGCACCAGGAGCCUCUGCAAGGCCAGCCCGGAGCCCCAGGCCAGCCAGCCACCCAGCCAGCCUCUGCAGGUGCUCGGCUUCCUGUCGGCCAGGGCUAUAAUCCCUGGGUCGGGGUCUGCCGCUGACCCCCUGGCCAAAGCAGGCAGCCAGCCCGCCACGGCGGCGGCGCGAGGACACUCCCAGGAGUACGACUCCGGCAACGACACGUCCUCGCCGCCGUCCACGCAGACGAGCUCGGCGCGCUCGCGGGGCCGGGGGCAGGCGAGCCCUGGGCAAGGCGGCGGCGGUGGCAGGGGCAGCGGCCCUGGCAAGAGCCCGGAGCUGGGCAGCGGCAACACCUCCGAUUCAGGGAACUCCUUCACCACCUCCUCGCCCCAGAACAAGAGGGCUGCCUCGGAGAACCUCUCCCCCACCAGCAGGGGCCCGGAGUCGAGGGGCUUUCAGUCACCCUGCCUGGAAUGCAGCGAGGCCAAGAAAUUCGGUCUGGUCCUAUCCACCGGGCAGAGCUCUCCAGGGAGGGAGUGCUCCCGCAGCUCCUCCUAUGCCAGCACGCGAUCUUCCUGCCCAUCCUCCAGGUCCCCAGACUCCCGGGCCUCCCCCAAGUACACCCGAAGCAGGUCCACCUCGUCUGGACAAAGAUCCUACUCGCGCUCUCCCAGCUACUCCUCCAAGUCUGGCAAGAGGAGCCCACCUAGCAGAGGCUCCCGAUCCCGCCGCAGCCCCAGCUACUCCCGCUACAGUCCCAGCAGGGAGCGGGACCUCAAGUACAGUGAGAAGGACUCACAGCAGCAGCGAGAGCGUGAACGAGUGCGCAGGAGACGGAGGUCCUACUCGCCUAUGCGCAAGCGCCGGAGAGACUCCCCCAGCCACCUGGAGGCGCGGCGGAUCACCAGCGCCCGGAAAAGGCCCAUCCCCUACUACCGGCCCAGCCCGUCCUCGUCCAGCAGCCUCAGCAGCUCCUCCUGUUGGUACAGCAGCAGCAGCAGCAGCAGCCGCUCGGGCAGCCGCAGCUACUCCCGGAGCCAGACUCGCAGCCGCAGCCGCAGCCGGACCCGCACGAGCGGCAGCAGCUCCAGCUCACGGAGUCCCAGCCCGGGCUCCCGCAGCCGGAGCCGCAGCUACAGCUCCGUACACAGCUACUGCAGCACCCGGCGCUAA